AAUGUUUGAAAUGUAGUUAUGAUAUAAUUUUUAAAUAAUUUUUUAAGCGCAAUAAUAAUAGCCUUACGUUGUAUUUUGUUAUGAUAUAAAUACGUUAAAAAUAAAUUAAAAUAAUUUAUAGUCACUUCAUUUGAUCCCAAGAUAUGGCCCAAAAGUUGACACAAAUGAUGGCAUCACUCGAGACCACAGAUGGCUGUGAAGACAGACAACAGGUACAACUCUAUGGGAAGGACUCAAUGGACAGNACAGGUACAACUCUAUGGGAAGGACUCAAUGGACAGAUUCGAUCAAUUCCGUUGGGAAUGUGUGUCCAAACAGUUCCAGAGGACAGUCUU